GGACGCUGACCCGGGUGUCCUGUCUUCCUUCCCUUGCUGGUCUCUAGACUCGGAAAGCUGAGGAGCGGCCACCCGACUCCCUCUGGAGCAGGCAGCAGCAUGCAGCCGCUGCCCAGCUUGUGCGGACGCGCCCUGGUGGCGCUGAUCCUUGCCUGCGGCGUGGCAGGGAUCCAAGCAGAAGAGAGGGAAUUCCCGCCAGCCGGGGCCACUCAGCCACUUCUGGGGACCGCAGAGAUGAUGGAGACCCCGACUGAGACCUCCUGGCCAGGGAGGUCCAACGCCAGCGAGCCGCGAUCUUCCGCAACACCGCAGAUUCCUAGAGGCGGAAGGAUGGUGGGAAUCCCACCGCGCACCCCACCCCCGUGCGAUGGACCCAUAGAGAUCAAGGAGACUUUCAAGUACAUCAACACGGUGGUGUCCUGCCUAGUGUUCGUGCUGGGAAUCAUCGGAAACUCCACGCUGCUGAGAAUCAUUUACAAGAACAAGUGCAUGCGAAACGGUCCAAAUAUCUUGAUAGCCAGCCUGGCUCUCGGAGACCUGCUGCACAUUAUCAUUGAUAUCCCCAUCAAUACCUACAAGCUGCUCGCCAAGGACUGGCCCUUUGGGGUUGAGAUGUGUAAGCUGGUGCCUUUCAUUCAGAAGGCCUCCGUGGGCAUCACUGUGCUGAGUCUAUGUGCUCUGAGUAUUGACAGGUAUCGAGCUGUUGCUUCUUGGAGUCGGAUUAAAGGAAUCGGGGUUCCAAAAUGGACAGCAGUAGAAAUUGUUUUAAUUUGGGUGGUCUCCGUGGUUCUGGCUGUCCCUGAGGCCGUGGGUUUUGAUAUAAUUACGAGUGAUCACAUAGGAAAUAAUCUGAGAAUCUGCUUGCUCCAUCCCACUCAGAAAACAGCAUUUAUGCAGUUUUACAAGACAGCUAAAGACUGGUGGUUAUUUAGUUUCUAUUUCUGCCUGCCAUUGGCCAUCACUGCAUUGUUUUAUACCCUGAUGACUUGUGAAAUGUUGAGAAAGAAGAGUGGUAUGCAAAUUGCUUUAAAUGAUCACUUAAAACAGAGACGGGAAGUGGCCAAAACAGUAUUUUGCCUGGUCCUUGUCUUUGCUCUGUGUUGGCUUCCUCUUCAUCUUAGCAGGAUUUUGAAACUCACUCUUUAUGAUCAGCAUGAUCCCCGUAGAUGUGAAUUUUUGAGCUUUUUGUUGGUAUUGGACUACAUUGGCAUCAACAUGGCCUCCCUGAAUUCCUGUAUUAACCCAAUAGCUCUGUAUUUGGUGAGCAAAAGAUUCAAAAACUGCUUUAAGUCAUGUUUAUGCUGCUGGUGCCAAUCAUUUGAAGAAAAGCAGUCCUUGGAGGAAAAGCAGUCGUGCUUAAAGUUCAAAGCUAACGAUCACGGAUAUGACAACUUCCGUUCCAGUAAUAAAUACAGCUCAUCUUGAAAGAAGGAAUAUUCAUUUUCUUUAUUUUGGACAGAAAUCAUUCAAACAAAGAGGUGUCUGCCAAAGUGAAACAAAACAACGUGUGUGUUUGCACAAAACAAUGUACAAAUCUAAGAGUGAUUAUUUUCUUCACGCUCAAGAGUUCCACAUGACAUUUGACGAGCUGUUUCCAGCAUGAGAAGACAA